CCGCCGCCGCCGCCGCCGCCGCCGCCGCCGCCGCCGAGAUGCGCUACGUCGCCUCCUACCUGCUGGCCGCCCUGGGGGGCAACGCGUCGCCCAGCGCCAAGGACAUCAGGAAGAUCCUGGACAGCGUGGGCAUCGAGGCCGACGACGAGCGGCUCAACAAGGUCAUCAGCGAGCUGAACGGGAAGAACAUCGAGGACGUGAUCGCCCAGGGUAUCGGCAAGCUGGCCAGUGUCCCCGCCGGGGCCGCCGUGGCCGUGUCCGCCGCCCCGGGAUCCGCAGCUCCCGCCGCCGGCGCCGCCCCUGCCGCAGCCGAGGAGAAGAAGGACGAGAAGAAGGACGAGUCGGAGGAGUCGGAUGACGACAUGGGAUUCGGCCUGUUCGACUAGAGCCCCCCGCCCCCGCCCCCUCCUCCGCCAAUAAACGCCCUUUUCCUGA